AUGCAUUUCUAUUUGUUCCUGACCACAAUGCUUGCUAUAUUACCCGAGCUUCCCGGAGCGAAGUGCCUUUCUACUUCUAUGUGCCCUUUUCAGACAGGCACAGCUACUCGAAAUACCAGCACACACUCAGUGAUUGUUGGCGCCGCAGGUCGGCUCGCUUUCAAUCCAUCAAGACUUAAUGUUGCAUUUGGCGAUAAGGUUUUAUUCGAGUUCUUAGCACUUAAUCACACUCUGACGCAAUCUUCGCUUCAAAACCCGUGUACAUGGAAUGCUAGUGGGGGAAUCGACACAGGUUUUAAACAAUUCAACCCCAGCAACACAUCAGGCAAAUUUGUAGUGGAAUACACCGUAGAAAGUUCCAUUCCACUGUGGUUUUUCUGCUCCCAAAAGCGUCCAAUUUCCCACUGUCACGAAGGUAUGGUUUUUGCACUAAACCCGGGUAUGUCGUUCGGCACAUUUUUGCAAGCUGCAACAGGAGCCAUUGUCACGGCUUCAAACACCAGAGCAUCCGCAUACUCGAUUGGCUCUGUUGCGAGCAAUCCUUUGCUCUUGCCAAAUUCGAAGACUUCAUCCAGCUCCUAUACACAGUCGUAUGAAAGUCGAACUACGUCGUUGUUGAACGGACCUUCCAAUUCUUAUACCCGAUCAGUUGGAAGCCAAACAACGCCCACAUCGAAAGCCUCACCGUCGUCCGAUAUAUCGAUGCCAGCUUCGGCAACAAAAAUAUCGAAUGGAGGAUUUAGGAACGGAGGUUUUGGAAUAAUCGCGUUCUCUUUUGUCUUGGCACUUGCCAAUUUGUAA